AUCUUGUUAUUUUUUUAGAAUAAACAUAGCAACUUAUACAGUGAACGAUACAUUUCUACUUAUUUCAGAAGGAAAAAUAUAACAAAGGCUUUUACUAAAUAUUUCCUUUGAAAAGUGUAUAUAUAAAUAUUUUUUUUAAAUUGGAAGUUCCUAAUAACAUACCUUACCAUUUUUAAGCCGAAAGACAAAAACGUCAUAUUUCUAAACAAAAAACUAGCAAAGUCAUUUACUAGAUAUAUCCAUAUUUUUUCCGGUCAUUUAAACUCGGCGAAUUAUUUUAAAGUGUGUAUGCUAGGUAUUUCCAAUUUAAUUCCGCUUUGGCGCGAAAACGAAGGAUCUUUUACUAUGUUCUUCCAAUGCACUUCGUUAAAUUAUUCAGUCUGUCGAGCCAGUCUCAACUGUGUAUACCUACAUAUACUCGUCUGGUGGUGAAUUUGUUUUAAUCUAAUUAUAUAAAGUUUUGAAAACUAUGUCUAAAAGAAAAAACAUUAUAAUGGCUUUGGCUAAGGAAAAUAAAGUAGUUUGUGUUCAGGAAGUGGGUGAUCUUGAAAAGCGGUGAGUAUUAGUUUUUACAUUACAAACAAAGUACAAUUUUGUUUGUUUGAUUUUCAAAAAACAAACAAUCAGUAAAAUGGUAGAUAAUUCAAAAGAAAUGCUGUAACGAAUGCAUUCUUUUUGUUAUAGGUAUAGUGAACUUGCGUCCUUUGGUCAAGAUUGUUUGAAAUCGAUACAAGAUACUGUGAAAGACGAUUAUUUGGUUGAUAACCUGAUGAUGGACGGCUUACAAAAUCAAAAUGAUAAUGAUAACCCCUCUACUAAUGAAAACCAUUUUUAUGAUAUUCAACCAAUAUGUUUAGUAAGAGAUAUUAGGAAGGAAGAAAACACAAAAGUUUAUACCGAAUUAAAACCGCUACCAUUAAUUGAUGGAACAAAGGAUGGUAGUCAAAAUGAUACGGAUGUUAAUAAUGAAUGUCACAAAGAAAAAUCGGUUGAUGUUAUAGACGUUUGUCAGCAUAAUAAAGGUUACUAAAUAAAAUAUUAAUUAUUAUAAACAAUUAGACCAAACUUAUACUUUUUAGAUGACACAGUUGACGAUGACUCAGAUUUAGACCCUAGUUAUGACCCACAAGAAUCUGAAGAAAUAAGUUAUGAGACAAAG